CAUUCGCUCACUCUCUCUCGUCUUCUUCUUCCCACCACUCUCUCUGUUUCUCCACAACUUCUCUUCUUAUGUUUAAAUUACCACAAAACCAAAAAAAAAAACGCUCUUCACUAUUUAUUUACUAAUCUCUUGUUUGUUUUUUACUAAACUCUCACUAAACCCCUCAUCUUUGCUCCUCUUAUAUAUCUCGUGACUCUUCUUUCUCCUCCAAUCUCUCUCUCCCUCUUCACAAACCAAUUGGCUUCUCUCUGCAAGAACUUCACUUGUUGGCCAAUUCUUUUGGUUUCAUAAACAAAAAUCUCAGAUUCCAAAUGGGUUUUGAUUUUUCUAGUAUUUUCCUUUCUUAGCUCUUUCUUUCAAAUGAUGAAGACGAAUCUUUCUUUUCUCCUUCCUCUUUCCCUAAAGUUUUGACCUUUUUUUUUCUCCUUCAAUUUUGUAUUUUCUCACCAAAUAAAAAAAGGUUUCUUCAGUGGGUUUUAAGGGUUUAUUAUUAUCUUAAAAUCAAACACAAUUCCUUAACCAAAAGGAAACAGUCUCAAUUUCAUCACUCACAAAACAGUAAAGUUCAAAGUUUUGGUCUUUUUUACUUGUUGUAAUCAAACAAUCUGCAAAUGUCGGCUUGUAUAAGCAGUGGCGGAGGAGGAGCAGCAGCAUAUAGUUUCGAGUUAGAAAAAGUGAAAUCACCACCGUCAAGCUCAACAACAACAACAACAAGAGCUACUUCACCAUCAUCAACAAUCUCCGAAUCAUCAAAUUCACCACUCGCAAUCUCAACGAGAAAGCCAAGAACUCAACGCAAAAGACCAAACCAGACUUACUACGAAGCAGCUACUCUUCUCUCAUCUGCUUAUCCAAACAUCUUCUCCUCAAACUUGUCCUCUAAGCAAAAAACUCACUCUUCCAAUUCUCACUUCUACGGGAUUGUUAAAUCUCCAUUGCUUAGUGACAACGAUGACGCUUCUGAUUUGCUUCUUCCUUAUGAAUCAAUCGAAGAGCCUGAUUUUCUGUUUCAUCCGACGAAAUCGGAGUUUUUCUCCGAGCACAAGGAAGUUAAUUCCGGUGGAGGUUACGGUGGUGAAAUCGAAAAGUUUGAUUUUUCCGACGAAUUCGAUGCUGAAUCGAUUCUUGAUGAGGAGAUUGAAGAAGGAAUCGAUAGUAUAAUGGGGACUGUGGUGGAAUCGAAUUCGAAUUCGAAUUUGGGGAUUUAUGAAUCUAGGGUUCCGGGAAUCAGAAGGAGUUGUAAUCGAAUUGGUAAAUUAGAACAGAUGAUGAUGAUCAAUUCAUGGAAUCGAAGCUCUAACGGAUUCAAUUUCGCUGGAAAUUUUCCGUUAGGUCUUGGAUUAAGAAGCGCUCUCAGAGAGAACGAUGACCCAAACUUGUGGAGAAUUCAAACCGUUGAUUUCGAACAGAUCUCGCCGCGAAUUCCAACCGUCACGACCGAAACUGCAAUCUCCACCGUCCAUGAGGAAAAAUCCGACGGUAAAAAGGUGAUCUCCGGAGAGAAGAGUAAUAAGAAGAAGAAGAAGAAGAAAAUGACGGCGGCGGCGACGCCAUUGUUGAUUACGGAAUCGAAAAGCUCGGAAGAUACGGAGGAGACGAGUCCGAAGAGAACAGGUCCAUUGUUGAAGCUUGAUUACGACGGCGUUUUGGAAGCUUGGUCUGAUAAAACGUCGCCGUUUCCUGAUGAGAUUCUGGGAUCGGAAGCUACUGGUAUCGAUGUCAAUGCUAGAUUAGCUGAGAUUGAUUUGUUCGGAGACAGUGGAAUGCGAGAAGCAAGUGUUUUGAGGUACAAAGAGAAACGUCGAACUCGUCUUUUUUCCAAGAAAAUUCGAUACCAAGUUCGUAAACUCAAUGCUGAUCAACGUCCUCGAAUGAAGGGACGAUUCGUGAGAAGGCCCAAUGAGAGUACUCCAAGUGAACAAAGAUAACAAGGAUAAAAGAGCCUAGAUUUAUCUUUUCUUUUCUUUUUAUGUUUUGUUUAUUCCCUUUUUUAUUUUGUUUCUAAAAUUUUGGCACCUCCUUUUUUUGUUUCUUAAGUUAUGGUCCCUUGACUCCCUUUCGUUUAUAAUUUUAGAUUUUUUAUGAGGGAGAUUUGAUUGAGAAAAUGAGGGAUCAAAACAAAUAAAAGUUUUUGUUAUUAAUAGAAACAUAACUCUUCAGAUUUUAAUGACUCAAGAAGCAAUGAGAUUUGGCUCACAA